AUUGUAAUAAAGUAAUUUGACUAGUUCUCUCGCGUUGCGUAAACAUCUUUCUCUUUGCCUUUGACAUGCUGCGCCGUUAUUAUGGCUUCACGAUUGUGUAUUUUAGCUGUGCGCUCUCCGAAAACAAUAUUUCGAGGAGAUUUCAAAAGACUGUUUGACAGAUCGUUCUUUACCUCCAGUAAAUGUUUAAGCAAGAAACAGGAAGAAGUUGAAGAAGAAAAGAGUGGCUAUCUGAAGCAGAGAAAUGAAAUCCAUCAGAAGGAUCUGCAGAACCUUAAAAAAUACUUUGAUAAAUCCAGAAGUUAUACAUUUAUUUCCUUUUCCAUAAGUGGAAUAGUGUAUUUUGCUUACAUGGCUCUGAAAACUGAAAAUGAUGGUGACAUUAAAUCGAAUUUACAAAUUUUAAAAAAUGAAGAACAAAUGUGUGUGAAAGCUAUUGCCCAAAUUCUCAAGGCAGGGACUGAAAAGGAGACAGUGUUUUAUCAGAAGAGGUUGCUAGAUGUUCGGAAAGAAAUAGAUGAAAAUAAGAAGAAGUUGGAGGGACUGGAAUUAUGACAUUCAUUUCGUCUCUUGUCUGCAAUGAAUGGACAUGAAGCUCGUUUCUAGCUUUGUAUUAUUUAAUACUGUGUGUAGAUUUCAUUAUUACAUGUGCAUUGUGAAAUGAAAGUGUCUCUUUUUUUGUGCCAAAAUUUUCAGUUUGAAAAUCAAGCACCUUAGAAGGUGUACUGGUUACAACAUCAGUGGUGGAUCUGAACCCCACUCCCUUUCAUCAGAAAUUUUGUUAAAAAUAAUGCAUUUUUAAAGUGGAACCCCCCUCUGGAAACCGAAAUUAAUGGUAGAACACCCCCUCCCCCGUUUCAAAAAUCUCUGGAUCUGCAACUGCAGGCUUUCUACAUUGUUGAUGCACAGUACAGGAUACUUCUUGUUUUGUUAUCACUCUGAUAAGAUUAAAGAACAUCAAAACAUCA